GCUAACUAGUUAACCCUUUCACGAUGGCGGCGAUCACCGUAGACAUCGUUUCCCGGGAGACCGUGAAGCCCUCCACUCCAACUCCUCCCCAACUUCGUUCCUACAAGCUCAGCUGGAUCGAUCAGAACCACCCCCUCUACCACCUCCCCGUCGUCUUCUUCUACUCCGCCACCCCCUCCGCCGCCGCCGCCGACGUCGGAAUUUUGAAAUCUUCGUUGUCGACGGUGCUAGCCAGUUUCUAUCCCCUCGCCGGCAGGCUGAGCGGCAACUCCCACGUCGACUGCGGGGAUCAGGGGGUCGACUUCUUUGAAGCCCGCGCGGCCGACGCCGACCUCUCGGAGAUUCUGAGCUCCGACGAAUCCGAUCUCAACGAGCUGAAGAAGUUCCUCCCUUGCAGCAAAGGCGAGGCCUCUUGCUGUGACUCUGAGCCGACAGUCAUUCUCUCAGUGCAGGCCACCGUAUUCCGAUGCGGCGGCAUUGCCGUCGGCGCCUGCGUCUCGCACAAGAUCGCAGACGGCCGAUCGCUAUUUUUGUUCCUGCAAGCGUGGGCCGCAGCGGUGAGAGGUUCUUUCUCAUCCGAGAAUGCCCCGUCGUUCGACAGCGCUGCUGUUUUUCCGCCGAAUGAGAAUGCAGUUCCAUACGAGGCCGAACAACCGCCGCAGGUCCAGAAGCGGUUCGUGCUCGACGGGCCAAAAAUCAUGGCGCUGAGGGAGAAGAUGGCAUCUUCGGCAACGCGAUUCCAGGCGGUGAUGGCGCUCGUCUGGCGAUGCGCUGUGCGGGGGCGGCCCCACGCCCGCGCGGCGCUGGCGGCGGUGGCGGUGGACACACGGUCGCGGAUGGAGCCGCAGUCUCCGAACGGCUCCUUCGGCAACCGCUGCGUAGCAGCUGUCGUCGGCAUUCCGGUAGAUGAGGUAAAGAAUGUUAAAUCCGACGUGAAUGAAAACACAAAAUACGCGCACGAGGAGGAGAUGGGAGCGGCGGUGAAGGGAGUGGACGCCGAAUACUUGAGGCGGCUGCAGGGCGAGGACGGGUGGCUGAGGCAGUUUGAGAUGGGCUUGGAGGUGGUGCGGAAGUGCGGCGGGUUGACGGAGGCGGGGUUCGAUAUGAACAUCUUCAGCAGCUGGCUGCGGCUGCCGGUGUACGAGGUGGACUUCGGGUGGGGGCCGGCGGCGUGGGCCUGCACGACGCAGGAGCGGCCCAGCGCCAUGGCGGUGCUGCCCAGGCCGCCUGCCGCGGGGGACCCGCAGGGGAUGGAGAUCUGGGCAUCGCUGGAGAAGGACGAGAUGGCUGAACUCAAGCGGGAGCUCGACCAGUUGGUCCCCCUGAACCCGGUCCACCACGUCACCCAGUCGUGAACCAGGAUCUAUGUUGCUCAGUUCGCCUCCGUCGUCAAGAAAAUGGCUGUGUCUUCUAUGGAUUCCGCGCUCGUGAGUUAUUAAGCAAUGGUCUUAAUUAGUGCUAUUUAAUUGAUGUUAAUUUAAGAUG